AUGUUGACUACCUCUGAACUUUCGUUUCUUCGACUUUUGGAAAGGACAAAAAAGUUGGCGAGAGAGGACUUGAUUGCGAACGUUUGGAAAGUGAACGCUGCUGUUAUAUAUCUGGAGAAUUUGUUCAAUAGGUUGCAAGAUGAGAAAAGGCUAAAUGUACAACAACGACAUGUUGAUGCAGUAUGGGAGAGAGCUAAACCAACUCAAGCUUCUAGUAGAUGCGGAAAGUUGCGUGAGUUAAUAUCUUUCCUUUCUACGCUUUCAUUCCCAAUGGAUGCGUAUCUCGGGGUUGCCCCCCAGCAGACAGAAAUUGCUUCUGAAGUACGUCUACGUAAUCGCACAGUAUACAGAGCAGAUUUGCGCAAGCAACUGCUUGGUGAACAGGCAAAACGUCGAGAAGAAAUGUCUGACGAUCUGAUGAAGCAUGAAGAGAAGCAGGAGAGUUUAGCCAAUGAACUACUGUCACUGACGAAAUCUUUGAAACACAAUAUGAGUAUCGCUGGGAAUGUUCUAAAGGACGACAACAAA